AUGUACACCUCUGGCCAAGCCGUCGUCCACCCUCGGCUCUCGGUGCUCUCUACGAGCUCGCUGCCAUCUGAACACUCAUCUCUCGGAACGGCUUCUUCUACUACUCGAUUCUCCCUCCCUCCUUCCGGUAGCAGCACCCCAGUACCGAUGCCUACAUCGGCGAGCACAUUAAGCUUGUCAAAGACGCCGAUGACAGCUGUCAAUCUCGUCCGACCAAACAUCUACGAUCGUCCACUAAACAAGACACGAACAAGCGAAGUAUCUCUCGCUGCGUUCACUUUUCUCUUCUCAGAGAUGAUUCAAUACACACAAAAGAGAGUGAAUGGAGUCGCAGAUUUCGAGCGCAAGCUAAAUACACUGGGGUAUAGAAUGGGUCUUAAAAUGCUCGAGCUUCAUGCAUGGAGGACAGAGGGAACCUCAAAGGCACCGAAACGGGAAACUAGGUUUCUCACAGUGCUUUCGACGAUUGGAAACGUCAUGUGGAAAGCCUUCUUUGGUCGUGCGAUGGACGCUAUCCAAAAGAGCGUCACCAAGGACGACGAAUUCAUGUUGAUCGAGAAUGAUCCAGCUAUUACUAAAUUCAUCUCAAUCUCAAAGGACAUGGGGAGUUUGAGUUGCUCAGCACUGACCGCAGGUGUAGUAGAAGCCAUACUCGACGGCCUAGGCUUCCCAGCGCGGGUGACAGCUCAUAAUGUGCCGACGGAGGCGAACCCGAAUUGCACGACGAUCCUCAUCAAACUUGACCGUAGUGUGCUAGAUCGUGCCGUCACAACACGGACGGCCACCCUCAAUGGGUUCGAGGAAGACGAGAGGCUCCAUACUGUGGCAUUUAGUGAGGAUAAGACCACUUCUAUCAAUUCGUACGGAUAUAGCCCUCACCCUCUCUCCGCCUAUAUCUCUUGGGUGCGAGACGUUAUCACUUCGGGUCCAGUCCCUCCAAGGAAGCCGUUUAUUGUCAGCAUUACCUCUUCGAGCCCUCAAGAACUUUCAGAGAUGCUUGAUAUGGUCAUGGACCUGCGGAAAUCCCUCGCGUCCCAAUCUGGAUUCCAAUUACCAAAUGGAGGCAACCUAAUUGCCGUCGAGCUCAACACAUCUUGUCCAAAUAUCCCCGACAAGCCACCACCAGCAUAUACGCCACGAGAAGGCUUGAAACCAUUGCUAGAAGUCAUGGCAAACACUGCCCGAGAGGACCCCACGGCUACAUUUGGCCUCAAACUCGCGCCAUUCGUCUACAGGAAGCAACAACAAGACUUGGUGGAUGUCAUUAGCGAAUUUACGACGUUUGGGAGAAAUCCAUUUAGCUUCUUCACUUGCACAAAUACGUUGGGUUCAUGCGUCAUGGUACAGGAUAACGCACCGAAUGGUGAGUCUGUUGCGUUGCCCACCAAGUACGGUGGUCUAGCUGGUGAACCGCUUCACUAUCUGGCUCUCGGAAACGUGAUGGCUUUUUCUGAAUUGCUCGCAAGUCACCCUGAUCCAGCAAUGAAGGAAAUAGGGAUUAUAGGAGUCGGUGGCGUCACCUCGCCUCAGGCUUUUCAACGCAUGCGUAAAGCAGGAGCGUCUGCGGUGGCUUGCGCGACGGCCCUCGGUCUAGAAGGUGUUGGAGUCUUCGACCGCCUGUUGCCAAAGUAA